CUGAUAUUUCCUCUGCCAUUUACCAAGUUUGCAUUCUUCGGUUAAUAUUAACAUUUUAUUUUUGACAAAACAUUUAGAACUCUAAUGCAUUUCACAGCAUGACGACACUGGGUAUUUAUGUUUCAUGUUUCAACACAUCACGAUAGCCCCAUUUUACUCUAAAUUUUAAGUGUUAUAAAGGAUCAAAGAAUAGAAAUUAAGAGUAUAUUACACUACAGGCAAUAGUGUAGUCUGGAACUAACCUUCGGAAUUGAUUAUUUUAUUUUUUGACAAACAAAUUUCUGUGAGAGUUCUUAAGUGACGCUGAUUGGUAAGGCGGGGCAAACUAGUAAUCUAUUGUUGCGUCUGGCUAGGAAUAUAUAUCUGAAUCUGAAAGUAGCAACAAUAUAUCCUAAUAAUCUAAUAUUGAGUGUUUUCAUUCCUGCUAAGAGAUAUGUCAGUAAAUGUUUCAGUACACUGUUGACAAGAGAUGUUGAUGAAUUGUUACGUUUACUCUAAUAGACAUUUUCACCCCUACAUUUUCGUAGUAAAACAAACGAACUUCGAUAUUAAUUAAAUUUGCUUAUAGCUAAACACAGUAGGCGGGAAUCCCUCCCUGAAAUUAAUUGUGCACGCCUCCUUAUGUUUAAGUGUCAAAUAUAAUAAGUGUUGAUUGAUUUUGAUUGGCUAUUGCAACCAUUAAUCUAUUUACUGACUGAUAACGACUUACGUUAAAUACUCAUUCCCACAGAGAAAAGGAUUAUUUACUUAGAGCCCACACUUUAAGAACAGCACUGAGAACACUUAACUUUUUCUACUCAGAUAUACGGCAUCAGACAGAAACAUGAAUAUCUUUGCAGCUACAGUGAUACCACUUUUAUUGCUGGUCAACUUAGCUGAUGGCGUUGUGUUCAGUUGGCUAUGGAAUGUCUAUCCUCUCGAACAUAACUCAAGCACGACGUUAAACCCGACCACAAAACAGAGUUGUACAAGAGAUCGGCAUUGUGGAACAGCGAACUACUGUCAUCGCCACUACGGCACUUGUCAUAAAUGCAAGAAGUUUGGAGCGAAAUGUCGACGCGAUCAUGUUUGCUGUAAAGGUUCCGAAUGCGUCUUUGGAAGUUGUAGAAAGAUCGUCAGGAAAGGAAACUUCCUUUCCCGCUGCAGGAAAGAUAGAGAUUGCAAGAAAGGAAUGUGUUGUGCCAAGAGUCAUGGAGAGUUUGUGUGCAAACCUAUGCUGAGAGAAAAUCAAAUUUGUUCUGUCCUGGAAGGUGGGGUCGCUUACACUGUGAACCACGGUUGCCCAUGCGAUGAGGGUUUGGUGUGUAAAAGAUGGAAAAUUCGAAGCAAAAGGGUAAAAGGAAUUAAUUCCACAAAGCAGAAGGCAAAGAUUAGACGCUGCCAAAAGAUUCCUUCUUGACGUGAAUGUUAAUUAAAUCCGGAGGAUAACUACCAACAUUAUAUUCUUAGGAUUAGAACGUUUAUAGAAAGUACUUCAAUGCUGGUAUGACCAGUCAAUUGAGUGACAGUUAUCAUCAUGGGGGAGAUUUAACCAAAAUGAUUAUACUGAGUUGUCAGUCAUGCUCCGAUAAAGGUAAAAGAACACUCACGUUAUAACUGAUAUACGAAUAUAAAAUGUAUUAUAAAAUGUAAAUAGUAGCUAUAUUUAGAGACAGGCCUAAUCCGUUGAAUAAAAUAUGCUAUAUGGUGAAUUUGGAGAAUAUAAUAAAAUAUGUCAUAUGGUAUUGGUUUAUACGUAUACAU